AUGCCGCUCCGAUGGUGCAUCUCAGGGGUCCCAGUUGUGGUCCUUGUGAUCGAGUCCUCCAUCAUUCACGAUGGCGAUCUCGCCUAUAUCCGCCAGACGGCUGGCAAUGGCGCCACCGGCCAUCAAGAGGUUGUCGGCGCCCCUGUCGAGACACAAUCGCCACUGGGUUACCACGUCAACUGGUUGACCAUCAUCUUUCUCAACAUCAACCACAUGGUCGGCACGGGUAUCUUCAGCACCCCAGCAACCAUCCUCGGUCUAACCGGAUCCGUGGGCCUUGCGCUCAUCUACUGGGUCAUUGGGUUCAUUCUUGCGGUGGCCGGCCUGGUUGUACACCUAGAAUUCACUAGCUACUUUCCCACGCGCAGCGGGUCCGAAGUCGUGUGGCUCGAGCAGAGCUAUCCACGACCAAAGCACUUUUUCCCCGUCGCUUUUGCAGCGCAGAAUGUCCUUCUGUCAUUCAGCAGCAGCAAUGCGAUUGUGUUAUCAACUUACCUCUGGCGCAUCGUCGGUCGCAGCCCUGGUCCCUGGGAGCUCAAAGGUGUCGCUGUCGCUGCUUACACGGUAGCAGUGAUGGCAGUUGUCGCGCACAAUAAAUAUUCGCUUUGGGCUAUCAACGUCAUCGGAAGUCUCAAGCUCCUCCUACUCAUCUUCAUCUCGAUAUCCGGUCUGGUCAUCCUUGGGGGCCAUGUCCCGAGUGUUGUAAACCCCGGCAUCAACUUCACUGAUGCUUUCGCGGGCACCACCUCGAGCGGAUACGCCUUGUCCCAAGCCAUGGUCAACAUCAGCUUUGCCUUUUCAGGCUGGCAGAACGCUUUCGGCAUGGUCAACGAGAUCCGCAACCCCGUCCCGACCCUCAAAAAGAAUGCAACCGUCUCCCUUCUUGUGGUCUUUGUCCUCUACUUUCUCUGCAAUGUGGCCUAUUUUGCCACCGUACCCAAGGUCGAAUUCAAAGGCUCCAGCCAGCUAGCGGCUGCAGUAUUUUUUCGUACCGCCUUUGGACCAAAGGCCGAGUCGGCUCUCAACUUCUGCGUCCUCCUCAGCGCCUUUGGCAACCUUCUAGCAGUCCUUGUUAACCAGUCACGCCAGAUCAGAGAAAUUGCACGGCAAGGCAUGCUCCCUUGGCCCAAGUUUUGGGUGUCGACCAAGCCCUUUGGCACGCCUCUUGGACCAUACUUGCUCAAAUGGGGUUUCACAUUCCUCAUGAUCGUUGCACCACCUGCGGGAGACGCUUUCCAAUUUGUUGUGUCCCUGAAGUCAUACCCCGAAGCCAUCUUCCACGUCGCCAUGGGAGUGGGCUUGAUUCUGGUGCGCCAACGCCGGGCACGCUCCAACACUCCACCGUCGAGCUUCCGCGCAUGGUGGGCAUUCGUUAUUCUCUACCUGCUCGCUCAAGUAUAUCUCCUCGUAAUGCCCUGGAUCCCCCCGACGGGAGGUAUUUACGGAGGUACCGUUAGCUUUCUUUGGUGCACAUAUAUGCUGGUCGGCAUGGGUGUCAUCGCCGUGUGCGGUCUCUAUUACUAUGUGUGGAUGAAAGUCCUGCCACGUCUAGGCAACUAUUCGAUUCGAUCAGAGGUUGUUGAAGUUGACGACAACGGUGCCAACACUCAUCGCAUCCUUCGUGUUCCAAAUGAUGAGGUGGCAGAGUGGGAUGCGACUCACGAUGAGCAAGGUCGCGAGCUCCGCCAUAGGCGCAGGGCUGGUGGCGGGCACCUGCUUCUACAACCGGAUGUACCCUGCACAUUCUCCUUCCUGAGUGCUAGCGGUUUAACCGAUGGGUGA